CUCCCUGCUGCAAUAGCUGCCCCCACUCCAGUUUCUUCUCUUGUUCACUCUUCAACAUUAGUAACAGCAGGAGUAUAUGUAAUAAUUCGAUUCAAUUUUAUAUUUACAAAAAUAACUUUACCUCUUUUAAUUAUUGGUUUAAUAACUUUACUUCUAGCUAGAAUUAAUGCUAUAUUCGAAUUUGAUUUAAAAAAAAUUAUUGCUUUUUCAACUUUAAGACAACUAGGCUUAAUAAUUCAUAUACUGGCCUAUCAAUUACCAAACUAUGUAUUUUUUCAUCUUAUUUCUCAUGCUAUGUUUAAAUCUUUAUUAUUUUUAUGUUCAGGAAUCAUAAUUCAUUUUUUAAUAAAUUUACAAGAUAUUCGAUUAAUAGGUUCUUUAAUUUAUGAAUCUCUUUUAGUAAUUAUAUUUUUUAACUACUCUAAUUUAUCUCUCUGUGGCUUUCCUUUUCUCUCAGGUUUUUACUCUAAAGAUUUAAUAUUUGAAAUAACACUUAACUUCUUAAUUAACCCAAUCAUUAUAACUUUAAUAUAUUUUUCUAUCUCUUUAACUAUUUUUUAUUCUUUUCGACUCAUAUUUUAUUUAACUUUCAAUAUACCACACUCUAGCCCUAUAACCCUAAAAAAAGAUAAUAUUUUAAUAAAUUUCUCUAUUUUCAUAUUAUUUAUUAUAUCUAUUAUUUUUGGUAAUUUAAUUAAUUGACUAAGAUUUAAUAGAAUUGACACAAGAAUUUUAAAUUUAGAAAUAAAAAAUUUAAUUCACUAUACAAUAAUAUUUAGAAUUUUAUUAAUUUUAAAUUCUUUAAACUACACAAAUUACUUUAAUUCAUGACUUUUAUAUAACAUUAUUCCUAUUUGUAAAAAUUU